AAUAACUACAAAAGCUUUGGACCAUUUAACGAAGGAGAAGAACCUAAGAAAUUGGAGAGCUUGUAUUUACAAUCUAACAGAUUUAAUAACAGCAUAUUCCAGUCGCUUAAAGGGCUUCCUUCACUCAAGUUUCUGGAUCUGAGUAUGAAUGACUUUCACGGACCACUACCCAUACAAGACAUAAAUGCAUUGAGCAGUUUGGAGGUCUUAGAUUUGAGUCUAAACACUAUCGAGGGCUUCGAGACACCUAUAAGUAUUUCAGGAGUAUCAGGCAGGAUUACAAACAACAGACAUCUCCAAUUGCGUUUAAAUUCCAUAUUUUGUAACAUGACUAAGUUAUUACAGUCUUUGGCAGCGUUCCAAGCUGUUAAGAGCCUUGAAUUACUGGGUAACAACAUUACAACCAUUAAUGAAAUUCAUGCAUUGAGGAAUCUGAGCAAUCUAGAAGACUUGUUUCUUGGAUCCUAUUUCUUGCCAAAUAAUUUGCUGCAUAAAGAUUUCCUUCAAAGCAUUGGCCCAAUGAAUUCACUCAAAGUAUUAUCAGUGCGUCAUAUGCAAUUUGGAGGAACUUUACCUAACAAAGGAGGUUGGUGUGAACUAAGGAACCUCAAAGAGCUCCGUUUAAGUGGAAAUCAAUUGGAGGGAAUACUUCCGCUAUGUUUGAGAAAUUUAACAUCUCUUGGAUUGGUUGAUCUCUCUCAAAACAUGCUUAUUGGAAACAUUGCUUCAUCCCCACUUUCAACACUAACAUCUAUUGAAUAUCUUUCAAUUUCACAUAACUCCAUUGAAGUCCCAAUCUCAUUCAGAUCUUUUGCUAACCAUUCCAAACUUAGGUUCAUACUUGCUGACGAAAAUUAUGCCAUUUCUGAAACUGAUGAGUUACAAAGUGUAGUCCCUAAGUUCCAGCUAGAAGUAUUUUCCAUGUCAAAUUGCAUCAACAUUCUAAUGUUGCCAAAAUUCCUUCACUACCAACAUGACUUGAAGGUUCUUAGAAUCUCUAAAAUCAUUUUGGAGGCAGAAUUUCCCAAUUGGUUGCUACAUAACAACACAAAACUUCAAGAGAUUUCUAUGAACUCCAAUAAUUUCACAGGAGCUCUUAAGUUUGCAUUGCAUCUUCCAAAUCCUGACCUUCAGAUACUUGAUUUCUCUAACAACAAGUUGAGUGGAGAAAUUCCUUACAAUAUCAGUUCAGCCUUUCCAAAUAUUGUGGCACUAAACCUCUCCUACAACUUGUUUACGGGCCAAAUACCUUCCUCUCUUGGCAAUAUGAAAUUUUUAAAGUUUCUUGACUUGUCAAACAAUUCUUUCACCGGGGAAAUUCCAAAGGAGUUGCUCAUUGGUUGUACCUCGUUAAUGGUUCUUCAACUAUCAAAUAAUAAUCUGGAAGGUGAAAUAGUCCAAGAGUUUGCGUACUUAACUUUAUUAUGGCUCUUGCAUCUUGAUGGUAACAAUUUCACAGGCACCAUAUCAGAGAGCAUUUCUAAUAUUCCUUUGGUGUCUUUGGAUAUGAGUGACAACAAAUUUUCUGGAAAAAUUCCAAGAUGGUUGGGUUAUAUAGAGAAUUUGGAACAACUCACUUUGUCCAAGAAUCACCUUCAAGGUUAUAUCCCUAUAGAGCUUUGUUACCUAGGACGACUCAGUUUUAUAGACUUGUCAGAGAACAAUUUAACAGGGUCUAUACCAUCUUGCCUCAAUCCAUACAACAUAAUAUAUGUUGGUCUAAGUAAAAAUCAUUUGGGAGGUCAACUGACAAGUGCCUUUAUUAAUAGUACUACCUUGGCGAUGCUUGAUCUUAGUCACAAUGAUUUUGUUGGAAGAAUUCCAGAAUGGAUAGGCAGCAUCUCCAAAUUGAGCAUUCUUCUCCUCAAGGGAAAUAAAUUUGAAGGCAAGAUUCCAAUUCAAGUAUGCCAACUUAUGAGACUGAGGGUAUUGGAUUUAUCCAAUAAUCAAUUAACUAGUAAUAUCCCUGGUUGCCUGGGAAAGAUAAGUCUAGAGGUGACUGAUGAAAGAUCCAUGGUUUUCAAUAACUUAGAGUUCCCUCUCUAUACUGGGCCUACAACGACAUAUAUUAUCAGUUCUGGUUCAACAAGUGAAUUCCAGAUUGACUUGCCAGUAAAUGUUGCUAAUCCAGUUGUUGAGUUUACAACAAAGGGAAAUUCAUAUGAGUAUGAAGGUAGUAUCCUCAAAUAUAUGUCUGGAAUUGAUCUCUCUGCUAAUAGGUUAAGUGGUGAAAUUUCAUAUGAGUUGGGAAAUUUGACUGAGAUACGUGCAUUGAACUUGUCGCAUAACAAUCUUAGUGGCACGAUUCCAGAAGCGUUCUCAAAGUUACAUAAUAUUGAGAGUCUUGAUCUUUCUCACAACAAGUUAGGCGGGAAAAUUCCUGACACAUUGCUUAACCUCAACACCUUGGAGAUAUUUAAUGUUGCAUACAACAACUUAUCAGGUGCGAUACCAGAACCAAAAGCUCAAUUUGCAACAUUCAGUGAAGACAGUUACAUGGGCAAUCCUUAUCUUUGUGGGCCGCCAUUGCACACUAGUUGCAAUAGUGCCGACUCACCAUCAUCUCCAUUGCCAUAUGACUCGGAAGGUGAGAAUGAAGAAAGUAAUGGUGUAGAUUUAGAGGUUUUCUACAUCAGCUUUGGUGUGUCUUAUGCUGUUUUUUUGUUAGGAAUAGUCUUGGUGUUAUAUAUAAAUCCUUAUUGGAGAAACACAUGGUUUGAACUGAUAGAGUACCAUUUAUAUAAGUGGUUUAAUUUGGGAUAGGCAAAAACUAAAUAAUCUUAGACCUGCAUUUCAAUUUGCUCAACUCUUUUUGAAAUUUAGCUUUUAUUGUCAUAGCUGAUCAUAUGUACUUUGAAUUAUUGUAAUGCAAAAUAUUGCACUGUACUGCAGGUUUACUAGAGGUUAGUUGAUAAUUGGGACAAAACUAUAUAUCUUGUAUUUGAACUAAUAAAUUCUAU